CGAGAAACAUUAAUUUCUACAGGAUCUAAUCAUGGCCCAUGGAGAGUCCGCCCAGGUUAAAGCAUGAAGAACGGGAAAUGAGAAGACAGGAAGCACCCAGUGCUCGCGAGGGUCUUCCCACCCCGCAGCUCAGGGAGGAGGCAGAGCCGGCCUGGGCUGCACCCUCUGGCCCAGGCUCCCGCCGGCUCGCCGCUCGCUCGGGACAGUACCUGACAGGCGAUCGACCUACGAAAGCCGCACGCCAUGCCUCCCUUUCACGCACGCCCCGCCUCCGCGCCGGAAGUCGCCGCUGCUUCCGCAAGGGCGCGCGGAAGUGUACAGUGCGCAGGCACACGGGGCCGCGGACCAUGGCCACCUCCUCCGUGUCCAAGGGCUGUUUUGUGUUUAAACCAGACUUCAAAAAAAGAAAGAUCUGUGUGCCAAUAGAGGACUAUUUUAAUAAUGAGGAACUUGACUCUGAGGACAGUAAACUUCGAUUUGAAACAUAUCGCUUGCUGUGGCAACGGAUGAAAUCUGAAACAGAGCAAUUACAGCAGGAAUUAAAUGAAAAUCUGUUUGAUAACCUAGUUGACUUUCUGCAGAAGUCCCAUUCUGAAUUCCAGAAAAAUUCAAGAAACUGGGUCUCUCAAAUGAAACUCAGAGAAAUUCCAACAGCCGCUCUUAUUCUUGGUGUGAAUGUCACGGAUCAUGAUGUGAUAUUCAGAAGUCUAACAGAGACCCUUCAGAAUAGUGUUACACCAUAUGUAGUCUCACUGGAAGCUAAGGACUGUCCAGAUGUGAAACAUUUUUUACAAAAGUUUACCUCACAGUUGAUGGACUGCUGUGUAGAUGGAAAUUCCAAGGAAGUAAAAAGUGAUAAGACCCCAAAGAAGACAAAUUAUUCAAUGGAUUCUCUUUCUAGUUGGUAUUCAACAGUUACACAGAAGACAGGCCCAAAAAUGACGAGCAAAAAGAGGACAGCUUCAAGCCACUGGCAGUCUCCUCCUGUGGUGCUUAUCUUAAAGAGCAUGGAGAGCUUCAGCACCAAAGUACUCCAAGACUUCAUAACUAUCAGCAGUGAGCAUCUGCAUGAGUUUCCUCUCAUUCUCAUUUUUGGGAUCGCCACAUCUCCUGUUAUUAUCCACCGACUGCUUCCUCACUCAGUCUCGUCUCUGUUGUGUAUAGAACUGUUCCAGUCUCUGUCUUGCAAGGAACACCUGACAGUGGUUCUUGAUAAGCUGCUUCUUACACCUCAGUUGCCCUUUAAAUUAAGUAAAAAGGCAUUACAGGUUCUGACCAACAUCUUUUUGUAUCACGAUUUCUCAAUUCAAAACUUCAUCAAAGGAAUUAAGCUUUCUCUACUAGAACAUUUUUAUUCCCAGCCCCUAAGUGUUCUGUGCUGCGAUCUCGCAGCAGCCAAAAAAAGAAUAAAUGUUUUCUCAGUUAAUCAGUGUGAAAACAUCCGGCGCCUUCCUUCAUUUAGGAGGUACGUGGAAAAUCAACCUUUGGAAAAGCAAGUUGCACUGUUGACAAAUGAGACCUUUUUAAAGGAGAAAACUCAAUCAUUGUUGGAAGAGCUGCAUGUUUACCAUAUCAAUUACUUCCUUGUCUUGAGAUGUCUUCAUAAUUUUACCUCUUCUCUUCCCAAGUACCCACUAGGUCGACAGAUUAGGGAGCUGUAUUGCACAUGUUUAGAAAAGAAGAUAUGGGAUUCGGAGGAGUAUACAUCAGCCUUGCAGCUGCUGAGAAUGCUGGCAAAAGAUGAACUGAUGAGCAUACUUCAGCAAUGUAUUGAGGUUUUGAAUUCCUCUACUGAAAACCAGCUUGGCAACACAACACAGAAAAUAAAGGAUUUCCUGACCCAGUUUCAGAACCUUGAUGCAGAUAGCAAAGAAGAAGAGGAUGCUUGUGGGUCACAGCCAAAGGCACUGCAGAAGACAGACCUCUAUCACCUUCAGAAGUCUUUACUGGAGAUGAAAGAGCUAAGGAGAACUAAGAAGCCAACCAAAUUUGAAUUGCUCAGAGAAAAUGUUAUAAACUUCAUCGACAACUUGGUGAGAGACUACCUUCUGCCUCCUGAGAGCCAGCCUCUGCACGAGGUGGUGUACUUCAGUGCUGCCAACACACUCCGUGAGCACUUAAACGCUGCUCCAAGACUCGCCCUCCACACUGCACUCAACAACCCUUAUUAUUACCUGAAGAAUGAAGCACUGAGAAGCGAGGAAGGGUGCAUUCCGAACACUGCCCCUGACAUCUGUGUGGCAUAUAAACUGCACCUGGAGUGCAGCCGGCUCAUCAACCUGGUCGACUGGGCAGAGGCUUUUGCAACAGUUGUGACAGCUGCUGAGAAAAUGGAUGCUGAUUCUACAGUCUCAGAAGAAAUGAGUGAAGUUAUUCAUGCUCGAUUUAUUAGAGCUGUUUCUGAAUUAGAACUUUUAGGCUUUAUAAAACCUACGAAACAGAAGACUGACCAUGUUGCAAGGCUCACAUGGGGAGGCUGCUAAAAAGCAAAUGAGUGAAGAAGACAAGAGUUCCACAUCCAACUUGAGACGAAAAGCAGAUCUGGCAUUAUUGUCAUAUUUGUAUCAAAACGUCUUUGGAGUACUUCAAAGUCUAACAAAUGCAUAAAGCCUUUAACACACUA